AUUACAACUGAAACUGCUCUCACAAUUCAAUUUUCGCAAAAGGGUUCGUGUACGUACUGGAACCCAUUUAAUCUAGCGCUUGCGUGUGAUACAAUCAGUCAAAAAUGGCGGGCAAUGAUGAGCUGCACAUCGUUUUCAACUUCUUUGAGAAGGUCUCCAAACCUCCCGAACAUGACUCGCAUGAAGACGGCAUGAAGUUCAUCUAUGAAUGGGUCAGGAAACAGCCGAGUUUUGUUCUUGGUCAGAUUCACAAGAACCUGGAUCAAUCGAGUGGAUCAUACAAGUACGUGAACUAUGUUGGAUUCAACAAUGGAGACUUUCAUGCAUUUCGACAAGGACCACCCCCUCCUGAAUGGAUUGAAGUCGGCACGAAAGGCCUCGGUGGAAGAGAACUACGAGUUUGCUACCCAGGAGGUUACGCAGAAGUGGCGACCACAUCUGUUGAGCCCAUGUGUACCACGCGAGCUAAGGAUCAAGAAAAGUCUUACUAUCUCCUUGUCAAUUAUAAGGACUCUGACAUAGAUGAGGCGAGUUACAGCGCUUUCGAAGCGGAGUGGAAGGUUAAGACUGGAGCUGAUAUAGUAAGUGAUGCAUUCCCGGCCGAUAUCAAGAGGGGCGACAUCGCUUUGUAUAAAAGACGUCGACCCGGAAGAACUCCUUUCGUUUAUGUCCUCCGCGUCGAAAUACUUCCGGGGGCAUCUACUGAGAAUGUUCUCCAGCUCCUGCCGAUCCUGCGGGAGAAACUCACGGCUGGAGGGAUCCCGUUCAGCGACGUUGGUGCCUACAGUAUUUGCUACCUUUGUGACCCAGUCAAAUGUUAAGCCUGCACCAGGAGCCUGUAGGUCAUUCACUUUCGUAAAUCACCACGUCCAACUUUUAAUGUAAUCCUUGUUUACAUAUCAUUCAAAAAUACUUAUUAUACUGUCUCUUCUUACGAAAGGUAUAGCAUAUCACAUGAAAUGUCAAUUUACAUUUCAUUCGUUGAAAUCUAUUCACCCCUCUUUUAGUUCUUAUCUUGACAUUGGAUAUUUUAAUAGCAUAUUCUCCCGAUAUGUCCAAUCCUAAAAUGAUUGUAUUGAUAACUUUUUCGUCAAAACGAAAUACCAAUCAGCGGGGUGUAGAGAGUGAGAGUUAAAUCCUUUUACAAACAUAACGCAAGUCUGAAGGAGAGCAGUAACCUUCUCCAUGUUGGCCAUUUCCAAUGGAAAUAAAUCUGAAUCUGAAUCUGAAAUAAUAUGGCCCAACACCCCAACUGGGUCAUGUUGUAUACAAUUUACCUCCCGAUGGUACCUUUGCCACCAAUAUUAACCACCCUGCGUUACGUGAAAACGUGUCCCUCGCCUGUUUCAUAGACGUUGGCUAUGUUGCAGUGGAAAACACUCCGUCCCGCUAUGCACUGUUGAUCAAGGAGCUCUCUUAUGUUAUGAGACUUUAAGAGUACUGGUAAUUGAGAGAAUAAUGAUGAUUAGAAGAAAAAAACACCUGGAUGUUUUAAAGAUGGCUUCAGUAUGCCAGCUCGUAGAUACAGGCCAGAUAAAGGAAAUUUGUACCAGAAUUCUAAACCCAUGGAGACAUGAUACUGGAUUCGCGCUCAUUAAAGUUAUGUAAUCAUUAUUUAUAUAUUUGCCGACGGUACAUUUUUGAUACACAGGUGAAAUAUUCUUCUCAAGAGGGCAUACAAAGGGUAUUUGUGAAGCACAUCCAUGAUUUUGGCAGAGAUUAUCCUAAAUUGGACGAAGUGGGACGUCUCCAUGUUUAACAGAUCUGGGAUUAUUUGGGGGUCAUGUACUAUUAUAAAAGCUAACUAUGAACUGGUCCGUUAACAAAUAUGUCGUAUACAAUAGGAUUAAGUUUAUCUCCAAAUCGAUGUUGCAAUUGAGAGAAUGGAAAUUAGAAUAAUUGUUUUUUCUCUACAACUUAUUUUGUAAUGGAUAUAGCCUGUUUUGUAACCAAUUCCUUAAUUUAUACUGGUAUUUACCUCGCACGGUGUGAUUUAUUGUCGUAGAAAUGCAGAAAACAAUAAAACAUAAGUACUGAAAUAACUAUGGA